AUGAAUCUUUUCAAAUUAAAGAGUACCACCUCCACGCAUGAAUUUGUGCCUGAUGUGACACAUAUCCUCAUCAAAAAUUGGACCAGUGAAAAUUUCAAACAUUGGCUUAUGAGCGAAAAGUAUGAUCAAAAAACGGUCAUUGAUGUCAUCAUGAAACAACAACUCACAGGAAAUGCCAUUCUUUGUUUAACCAAAGAAGAUUUAACUGAAUUCAAAGUUCCAACAGGAGCUGCCAUCUCUAUAGUGGCCAAACUUGAAGCACUGAGACAACAACAAGAAGAUUUGUUACAACAGCCUCAACAACCAAAACUCUUCUCCUUGUCUUAUCCAUCCACCAUCCAAACAACUACAGAACCCUCCAAUUCGGAAAUGAGUAACGAUCAUGAUCAACAUGAUACCUCUACCACAAAUCCUGCUGUCGUUCCUCCUUAUUCUUCGUAUCCAAGAACCUCUCCGAGACCAUCCCUUCCAAAACCACCACAAACUCCAACCGUUCUCAAACCCAUUCAUCAUGAUCAUCGUAUUGACAAUGAACAAGAUAAUAUUAUCAAUCAUCAUACACAUUCAUCCACCACUGCAACUACCCCCCAAGUUUCUCCUCGAAAUGAAGAUUCUACAUCCUCUGCGAAAGUGAGUCCGAGAAGAGAUCAUCACAAGCCUUUACCAACCAUUCCUCAACAGGGUGCAUCAUCAGGUUCAUCAUCAUCAAUAACAAAAACAUCCUCAACAACUGCUCCAGUACCUCCCGUUAAAAGAUCCAGUUCAGUUGCUACGAAUAUUACUACUCAAGGUAUUAAUAAUAAUAAUACUCGUCCUGAGUAUUGGCAACAACAACAACAACCAAUCGAUCAAUAUCCUAAGCAACAAUCUCCUCGUCUUCAUCAACCACCACAAAAACAACCCAUAACAACUCAACGCUCGAGUCCAACACCCAUUCAAGAUAGCAAGAAUAUGAGAACAAAGAAAUUUGUGGAUGCCGGGUUUUUCCCAGAAGAUGAAUUAUAA